AUGAAGGAAAUCAUGCUGCUUAUAACCUACAAUAACCCAUUUUACAAUGCGUUAGCUGAAAAUAAUAAUAGCAAUUCAAAGGAGAUCCAGGAAUGUGGAGACACCUUGCCAACAUUGGAGCAGAAGCGUCGAAUAUCCGAGGAAUUGAUGAGUCCGAUGCUGGAAGAAUUGAAUAAAUUAUACUAUUAUUAUUUUCCCGAAAUUAAAAAAUAUAACCGCGAUUCUGAUUUGGGCUUUGUGGCAAAUCACCAAGUGUGGGAUCCCUCAUUAAACUUGGAUGUUGAAGGGAUACCUGUCGCAUCUUUUGAUAGUGAUGACGAUCAAGACGAUUUAUCUUUGCAAAAUAUGGAUAAUGAAAACAACGGUUUUAUAAAUUAUCGUCAUAUUCCCGUACUUUAUGGCUACUCGGCCCUUCCCCCUUUGGUGUACGGUUCAUGUGACUCUAUUGGUAAUCAAGUCUUCCUUCUUGGUGGGUUGACCGCAAAUAUCGACCCCCUAAACACCCAUGCAAGAAUAACGCCCACAAUCCGACCAGCAGCAGAAAAUUUAGACAUCAAAUUACCGGAAAAUAUCAAACCUUGGAUUCUUUAUAAUAACCAGCUCCAUCGGAACUCAAAAUUGUAUGUUUUGGAAACCGAUACCAAUUUAAUACAGGAACCAGUUCUCAGAGGAGACAUUCCUCCUUUGUUGUGCUGCGCCAGUAUGACGAAGAUCACCGCGAGACAUAUAUUCUACUAUGGGGGAUUCCAACUAAUGGAUAACCAAAAGAAGCUAGAUGAUGGGACGGAAAUUCUUGAAAGGCGGUUGGUGCUUAACAGUAGGUGUUGGGUUUUGGAUACAUUUAUUUUCAAAUUCAAAGAGAUCAAACUUGUCACCCACUCAAUCACUGAUAAAAAUAUUUCGCUUGCAAGGUUUGGUCAUAGCGCGUUAGGCCAAGGAUUGAAGGCAGUUCCCAUUCGAACCAACACGGUGGAUGAUCAUGAUAUAAAAGACGCUAAUGAUUUGUUGAAUGAACGGUUGUUUGUGUCAGUUUUCAUAUUUGGUGGUUUUGGGCCAAAAAAGUGUGAUGAGGUACUACUAAGGAAAGAUUUGAAUCUGCCAGACACUAACGUGCCUGAGACCAAUGGUUCAAAAACCCCAGAAAAAGAAUCAAUUGAUCAGGCCUUUCUGGGACCUCUUGAGCCCCUUAAUGAUUUUUUGAGGAUCGACCUAAUUGUUUCCCAAGAAGGGGUGACAAAUUAUAUUGAGUUCAGCCCAGAAGCCUUGGUUAUUCCUGCUGAUUUGACUUUGUUUGCCAGCUCAACAAACUUACCUUGUGAUAUUGUUCCGCCCGUAAGGGGUUUCCAUGCCGCGGUGAUGUGUGCCGACUCAAAGUUCUCCAAUGAGAUGAAGCGGUCUACAAUGAUGGAAAAAAAGAAAAUAAAGAAGAAAAGUUACGGCGAGGAUUUUUACUCACACUUUGCUAAGCGAGAAAGUGCAUUUGCUGAUCAGUCAAUGGUCAUUCAUGGGGGUAUUAGCUCUGAUGGGAAAGUAUUGGGAGAUUUAUGGCGAUUCUCAUUCAAUACCAGGCAGUGGCAGAGGUUAUCUACAUUCAGUGUGACCUUCGACCCUAAUAUUAUUGGUGCACACCACUAUUAUGCCUCAAAGAGGUUAAAUGAAGAAAAUUUCAGAAGGGCAGAUCAUUCAAUAGUGUUACUUGGGGGCCAUUUAAUCUUUGUUGGUGGGAUGGCAGCUUGGGAUAGUGAUAAUUUGGAAACUGAUGAUAAAAGCAGCUCCCAUGGAUGUGCUAAGCCUAAGGAGCGGCGUCUUAGAAUAUUGGAUUUGAAAUCUCUGGUAUGGAACCUAGACACUUUACAGUAUGAAUUUCUUACUAGCCCAAAAUUUGCUCCCGAUAUUUUCAAUACCAAGAAAAAAAUCAGCGAGUUUCUUCGAUUAUUGAAAAAUAAAAAUCCCCUGAAAUUCUUAAAAGAAUUUGAGCAGAAAUUCUUAACAGGCUACGAAAUCAAAGCAAUUGAGAAUGGUGAAGCCAACUCAUUAGCUAUUGAAAAUCGUGAAGAGAUAAUUAAAAGAGCAAAGGAGAUAUGGAACAUGAAUGACUUUUGGAAACUUCGUAAGACCACCAUCGGUGGAAGCAAUGUGUAUUCAAAUAAAAAAAUCUUUCAUGUUGGGGGCAUCAUGAUGCUAGACGGUGGGAGUUCUAUGGACCAAUCCAUGGACGAUGAUAAUAUCAAAUGUUGGUUUGCUAGGGUCCUGCUGUUGAAGUGUCCUACUUACAGCAAGGAUGAUGUAAAAUUGGAAGACUAUGAGCAAGAUUGGAUUACGGGGAAAUUCUGA